AUGGGCAUGAAAAGUCAUGACUGUCAUGUCUUCAUGCAACGACUUUUGCCAAUUGCUCUUCGGGAGCUUCUUCCGCCCGAAGUGUGGGAGCCUUUAACAGAGAUAAGUAUCUUCUUCAGAGAAUUAACUGCCACAUCGCUGAAAAAGGCAGAUCUUGAGAGAUUGGAUCUUGAUAUCCCGAAGAUACUGUGCAAGUUGGAACGUAUUUUUCCACCGAGUUUUUUUAAUUCGAUGGAACAUCUCCCCGUACACCUUCCAUACGAAGCUAUGAUGGCAGGACCUGUUCAGUAUCGUUGGAUGUAUCCGUUUGAAAGAUACCUGAGAAAACUCAAAAAUAAGGUCUCGAAUAAAGGCAGAGUGGAAGGAAGCAUCAGCAGCGGAUAUUUAUUAGAGGAAACAGCGAAAUUUGCAUCUUUCUAUUUCAAGGAUGGUGAUCCGAUGCUACCAUGUCGGAUGCAAAGAAAUGAAGUUUGCGAAAUGGACGUUGAUGAUGAUGUCGACAGAUUAUCCAUUUUCAAACCGAAAGGGCGACCUAUAGGUGCUUCUCGGAACAGAUAUCUGGAUGAUGCUGAAUAUAAUGCUGCCCGAAGCUACAUCCUUCUGAAUUGCACUGAAAUCGAACCUUUCAGAGAAGUUUUUGAAGGCGAGUUGUAUGAAAUCAACCCCGAAAUCACACAGACCGAAGUUGUAGUCAAGUUGGAGAGUGAAUUCGCCUUUUGGUUCGAGCAAUAUGUGAAAGACCAAACUGUCUGUACCAAUCCCUAUAUUCUAAGUCUUGCAGAAGGACCGCUUAGAUCGGUCAAAACAUUCAAGGGGUAUUGUGUGAACGGGUUUAAAUUCAAUACUGAAGAAUAUGGGGAGGAUCGGGUUACAAUGAAUAGCGGAGUUUGUGUAAAAGGAUCACUCUACGGCCCGGCUGAAAGCGACUUUUAUGGAGUGUUGACUGACAUUAUCGAGUUAGAGUAUCCAGCUCUACCGAUAAAAAGGACGGUCUUAUUUAAAUGUAAUUGGUUUGAUCCUACGAAAAAAGUUGGUAUGUUAGCCCAUACUCGGUAUAACAUAGUGGAUGUUAAUCACAGAAAGAGCAAAAGGCGAGACAAAAAAGACUGGUGGGCAGUAUGCAAGAUAAAAGCUCGCUCUGAGAUAGACAUGCCUGAAACAACUGUUCCAGCUUUCCAAGAUGAUAGUGCAGAUCAUCUGCUCGAUGUCAUAACAAAUGAAGAACCGACAAAUUUAGUUGAUCCGAAUGGCGAGGCGGACGAGGCUGCAUUACACAACCCUCCAUUAGUGGAGACGGAAGAUGAUUAUCCACCAUCUUCAUCAGACGAUGAAGACAUUGGAGCGGCAGAUAAUAUAGAAAUUGCAUGA